AAAUUUUUCUGUCUUUCACUUUCUACACAACUUUCCCGGCAAAAUGGCAAGGAAGCGCAACCAGCGAUUGGUUCCCGGCGUUUUGUGGCGCAUGUUCCGCCACCGUGCGCGAACCCUCUCAGACACCGUCACAUCGUUGCUCCCUCCUCCACCGAAGCUUUGCCGCUGCGACGGACGCGGUUGCCUUGGCUGCACCCUCGACGCCAAGUCCUUUCUCCUCCGACCCGACGAUCCUUCCGAUUACCGCGAACUCCUCAAUGAGUGCUACGUCGUCGUCUCCGAAAACGCACCUUCGCUCUCGUUCUCCGUCUCCCGCUCCGGCUUGUCUCAGGAUGAGAUUGUGAAGAGGACCAUUGAACAGAUGCUGCAUCGAAGGGGACCAGCAGUUUCCAAUGUGUUGUGCUCUGGUUAUGAUAGGAUUAAACGUUCAAGCCAUAUUGUGGAGCUUUUGUCCAGUGCAUCUUGGUCUCUUCUUUUAAGCAGGGUUGGGGAUGAUUUUAUGAUUUACCUACUAAGGAAUACAUCAAUAUUCUUGCCAGCUUCCCUUGGAAACCACCACCAGGUGGGAGGUCCUCCUAUCAGUCGUCUAUGUUUUGAUAUGCUCAAGGGCUCACCGAAGUUUGGCUAUCAGACAUAUCGCGAGGAAAAGAGGAAAAGAGCUGAUGCUGAUGACCUACCAGUAGAGAAACGAAAGUGCCAUAUUUCUUGCAGUACCAAUGGUCCUCUGGGCUUUUCAAGUAACCCUGGCAUGACUGAUAAGUCUUCAAUGCAACUGAUCAGGCAUCAUGGGAGCAGGAAUUAUGAUGUCAGUGUCUCUGAAGUUCCCAAGUUGAUAAGAACUGAAACUGUUAUAAGGAAGUCGGAGUCGGAAGGAAAUCAAGGUUCAAAUUGUAUUACACCUAAGCUUGGAAAGCGUUCUAGGCCAUAUAGCUGGCAGCGGCGGCGUUGCAAAAUGCAAAAGCAGUUAACCCUUGAAGAAAAUAAUAUAAAUAUACAGCCAGACACCAGCAGCUUAAGUUAUCAUGCAAAGAUGUCAUUGCAAUGUUCUUGCUGUUUAAUCUUGCAAUCUCUUCCAGCAGUUCCUAAGAGAACCAAUAUCCAAAGGCAAUCUAUUUUUUAUAGUCUGGAGUCUUGUCGUUCAGUUCUUCCAAAGAAAAAUAUUUUAUAUUCCUUAAAGCCAAAUUUGGCUAGUUCAGAGUAUCUCAUCGGCAAUAUUUUUGGCUUCUCGGAUGUAAAUGCCAGUGCUCAGCCAAUGUCGUGUUUGCACAGCAAUGACUCAUGUCUCAUUGACUCUGAAUGCCUGUAUCACUCUCUUGUUAAGUGGUUUAAGCAUGUCAUUCGUAGGACUCAGUGUUGCCAGCAUACAAAACUCUUAAGUAAGCAUUGUGUUUCUCCGUUAUUGAACAAAAAUACAAUUAGAAGACCAAGCUCGGGACUUAAGGACAAUAAACAAUGUAUUAAUUCUUUGGAAGAAAUGUCACAAUUUGAUGGGUUCAAGUUGUAUUGCCCAAAAAAUCAAGUGAUUUCUUUUAUAUGGGCUGUCUCGAGAAGUUUAAUUCCUUCAGAAUUGCUAGGUGCUCCUCCUACAUGGAGAAUACUUAGGAAAAAUCUUUCAAAGUUUAUACACCUAAGAAGAUACGAGACAUUCCCCCUAAACCUCUGUAUGCACAAACUUAAAACAUCAUUAUUUCCUUUCUUAUCAAAUAAAUAUUUCUUAAAGAAUAGGAAUGAUGUUGUGCAUAUUGUCAAACGCAAGUUGUUGGAGAAGUGGAUCUUUUGGUAUUUCUCUUAUCUGGUUGUACCUUUACUCCAAGCAAAUUUUUAUAUUACUGAGAAUGGGAAAGGGAAACACGAUAUUUAUUAUUAUCCGAAACCAAUUUGGGAGAAGUUUAUGACCAAUACUAUUGAUCGCUUCGGAGACGGGAGAUAUAGUCACCUAAAUGAUGUGGAUGUACAUAACAUUCUAAGAGCUAGACCAUUUGGGUUUUCGAAGCUCAGACUUCAACCGAAAGAAAAUGGUGUAAGGAUGGUGGCAAAUUUAAAAGGUUUUUCAACAAUGCCAUUGCCUUUGUCUAAUAUAGGAGUUCGGAAGUACAGAACUGAAGGAAAGGUAAACCAUCAGAAAGUCAAUUAUAAACGUUAUCCAUCUGUAAAUUCUGUUCUUCGUGAUGCUCAUAUUAUUCUCAAGAAAAUUCUAUUUGAGAAGCCUGACAAUCUAGGUUCUUCGGUGUUUGAUUACAAUGGUGUUUAUAGAAAACUAUGCCCAUAUUUGCUUGGCCAAAAGAGAACACCAGAAAUUUCAUCUAAGUUAUUCAUCGUUACAUCUGAUGUGUUCCAAGCAUUUGAUUCUAUUGAUCAGAACAACCUUCUUGGCAUAGUUAAAGAUGUUCUCCUGAAAGAUGAAUAUUUUCUUAAGGAAUAUGAGCAAAUUGUUUGCACAAAGAAGUCUCUUUGGGUUCAAAAGCAAUCUACGAUGUUGGAUGAAACAAGCAACAAUGGUGUCACACAAUUCACUUCAUUUGCAUCCUUUCAUUCUCGACAUUGUGUCUUUGUUAACCAGGAACGAUGUAAGCUUGUGAAAAAGAAAGAUCUGCUCUCAUAUCUUACGGAGUAUGUGAAGCACAAUGUGUUGCAGUUUGAUGGCAAAUUUUACUUGCAAAAUGUUGGUAUUCCCCAAGGAGGAGUUUUGUCAUCUUUGCUUUGUUCCAUGUAUUAUGGACAUUUAGAGAAAUGUCUAAUAUUUCCAUUUCUUGAAAAGAUUCUUGAAUCUGGUUGCUGCAAGGAGAAUAAUGAUGAGCAAACCAGCAGUCAUGAUAAAGUCUCAUCUUCCUCUUACAUGCUAAUGCGUUUUCUUGAUGAUUUCCUUUUCAUAUCAACCUCUAAAAAGCAGGCAGAUAGCUUUUUCUCCAGGCUACAAAGAGGGUUUCGUGGUUACAAUUGCUACAUGAAUGAGAAAAAGUUUGGUGCGAACUUUGAUGUAGAAUCGAUAUCAGGUUCCUCAUUGAACAGGGUUUAUGUGGGUGAAGAUGGUGCUACAUCAUUUCUUCGAUGGAGUGGUCUUCUUAUCAAUUGCUCCACUAUGGAAAUUCAGGCUGACUACACUAAGUACUUGGGUAACCAUUUAAGCUCUACACUUACUGUUCGGUGGCAAGGUAAACCAGGCAUUAAUCUUAAGGAGAAGCUGUGUCUCUAUCUAAGACCUAAAUGCUACCCGAUAUUCUUUGAUUCGAAAAUCAAUUCCGCAGCUGUUGUCAGAUUAAAUGUCUUUCAAGCAUUUUUGUUGUGUGCAAUGAAAUUUCAUUGUUAUAUUCGGGAUCUUUCAUUCGUCUGCAAACUUCCCAAACGAUAUUGUUCAAACAUUAUUCAGAGAUCUUUGAGAUAUAUGCAUGUGCUGAUAAAGAGAAGGAUGCACACCGUGAGACUUAAUUCAGAUGUAGAGCCGAUUCUGGAGUUGGAGAAGGAAGAAGUGGAAUGGCUUGGAUUUCAUGCUUUCAUACAAGUACUCAAGAGAAAGGAAUCACGUCAUAAGGAGUUGCUGGCUAUUUUGAGGUCAAGGUUGUUAUCACAUACAAUGUCUGGGAGGGAGUCACCUGAACUUAAAUAUGCAAUUGAUACCAAAAACUCCUCUUUGCUUUGGAAGAUCAAGUAUUAGCUCUUAAAGGUGAGAGUUAAUCCGUCAUGAUAGGGCUAUAAGUUGCCUCAGGAAUGCUCAUUCUUUCCAUUUUUUGGGUACAGUUACACAAUGUUUCUAUUAUAUUUUCAUCCUUGCUUGCUGUGCAAUGAAUAGUAAACAAGGAACACAACUUGUACAAAUUAUAACAAGAAAUAUCUAUAUAUUCAAAUGAAAAUUAGAAAGGUUAGAUGAUGAAUGCUCGAGCCUAUGAACUUGU